AGGUUCUGGCACCUGCGCACUCUUUAGUGCUUAUCACCACGAUUCAACAAAUAAACAGUGAAGAGUCGAAGAUGGUCGAAGAGAGUGACAUCAAGUCAUAACAAGUGACCUACUUUUCGAUGAAAGUGCACACAAACAAAGGAAUCGUCUCUUGUUCAUAACUAAAAUUUAAUGAACACCUUCUAAAAGCACGUAAAUAAACAAUACACGAUAAAAGAUAUGUCUGCUGUCUAUCCAACUUUGCCUAACUUGCCUACGCGGGAUGGUAUCGACGACGACGAUCUUACAGACAUCGACGACGAAGUAUUCAUUAAAGAUGGAAAAAAUGGUAGUCUAAAAAUAGAUGUUGAUGGAGGAGUUAAACGGCCUUUAAUGGCACCCCGUAGAAAAUGUAAAAAGUCUUACAAUUUUGAAACAUACAGAUUUUCAAACGUAACUUUCUAUGUACCUCGUUGUAUUUUGUUUGUGACAUUGGUAAUACUAUUAAUAAGUGCAUUUACAUUAUGUAUGUAUGUUGUAAAUUUAAAUCCUAUGCCAAUGUCAAUUAUGAAAAACUGGUUGUCACAUGAUUUUAAAGAUACAUCAAAUGAAUCCGAUAUAGUCCCAUGUACAUCUCUUGCCACAAAGAUGUUAUGGACCAGAUCGUUACCAAAAUUGAUAUCCGAAUCUCCAUUGAGAAGCAGCGACGUUAACGACGAUGGAGUGGAAGACAUCAUUGUUGGAUUUAGUACAGGUUUGGAUAUGUCGGAUACUCCAGAAUAUGUCUGUGAAUUAUACUUCGAAGGACAAAUUCCUUGCUUUGGCGGAGUCCUAGCUUUAAAUGGUAAAACAGGAGAUACUCUUUGGAUGCACUGGACAGAUCGUGCAAUAUUUUCAGUUGAUUGUAGUUUGGAUUUAACAAAUGAUAAAAUUAAAGAUUGUAUUAUAUGUGGAUACGGCGGCAUACUGCGUGCAAUCGAUGGACACGAUGGAUCUAUCGUUUGGAAAAUACCAGUUCAGGAAUUAUCAACUUCGGAAGAUUGGAAACUUUCUGAAAUUUAUGAUGCUAAAUUUAUUGCGGAUAUCGAUGGAGAUGAAAUUGGAGAUGUUAUCGCAUCUCAUACUGUACAAUCAAGAGAAAUUCAUUUAAGUGAAAUUCUUGUAAUAUCAGGAAUUAAUGGAAAUAUUAUACGAAGUUCAAUUUUACCAAAAACAGAGCAAUUAUUUUCAGCUCCUCAAAAAUUAAUCCAUCCAGAUGGUGAAAAUAUUUUUGUUUUUGUAACUAGUAGUCAAAUGCAAUCGGGGGCAUUAUACGUAGUUCCUCAGGUGAAUUUGAUACAUGGUAAUUUGAAAUUACGAAAAUUGCAUCGUGAUACAGGUAAAGGAACUUCCUUACCUCCAAUUUUGGUGGAUAUAACGUUAGAUGGAAUCGAAGAUAUUAUCGUCGCUAUGUUCAACUCUACAGUAAUAGCUUACGAUGGAUUAACAUUUGAACCUAUUUGGAAUUAUACAGUCGCUAAUUCUGAAUUAAUAAGUAUACCUAUUCCUGGAUAUUAUAAUGAUGAUAACAUUCCAGAUUUUAUGGUGAAACAUCAUACAGACUUAAAUCUUUCUACAUUUUAUUACACAGUCGCGACCAUUAUAGAUGGAAAAACAGGAAUGUCUUUACUAGAGAAACCAAUAGAAAAUAGUCUAAAUAGACAAAUGUCUGGCUUAUCUGUUACUGUUGAAGGUUUUGGUAACGAUUGGUUUCUAUAUUGGUCGGUUGAUUGUUUAACUUACGAAGAAAUUAAAGAAAAAUAUCCAUCUAUAAAAAAUGAAACACUUAUACCUGAACCGGGCGCUGAUUUAUGUAAACUAAAUUUUAACUCUACGCUAACCACAAAUUUAUAUGCUUUGAGUCAACACGUUGGUCCACCUGGUAUAUCAUUAUAUUUUUCGGCAACAAUUUAUAGAAAUCAAAACGAAGAAGGAAUUCCUAAAGAACAUGAAAAUAAACCUAAUAUUAUGAACCGUAAAAUAGAUGAAACGUAUAAGGAAUAUAUGACGCAGAAAAAGUUUUCUACUAUCGACUAUCAAAAUGAUAGGGCAGGCAAUUUUAAUAAAGAUUAUACUUGGCAGAAUGGAAAUAAGUGGUCGCAAAAAAAUACACAAACGAAUAAAGAUUACGAUAUCUUAUAUGACGGUGAGAGUAAUAGUAAUGGGGAAGAUGAACAAUCUAUGGAUUAUUCACCGGUGGAUGAAGUACAAGAACGAAGAAGUAACAUUAAUCGUAAAUUUAAUGAUUAUCUUACGAAUCUUAAUAUGGAAAAUAAUAAAGAUACAGACAUAAAAAGUACGAUUUCGCAGAAGAGAAUGAUAGGUUUUGCGCAAGACAAUGGAAAUAACACAAAGGAAUCAACUGAACGGACUCUUGUGGAUGUUAUGCAAGCUCGUAAUCAUAACUUUCCUAAUACUAUACAAAAUAAAGAAGAAGAUGCUACCAUAGGAGAAAUUUUUAAACAAGACUCGUUAAAGAAUCAGAAUAAGGAAAGACAUAUUAAAACGAAAUCGAACAUUUUUGUACAAUUAACAGAUAAAUCUACAGAAGAGUUACAAAAAAAAAAAGAGAUAGAAGAAGUAAAGACAAAGGCCGAAAGUCAUCGAAUGUAUCAGAUGUAUGGUGUGCAGAAACAACCACCAACUGGAAUAUUGUUACCUUCUAUUCUAAAAUCAGAAGAUACAACUUCUGUAGAUUUGGUAUUUUCUACACUUUGGUUACCUCCUUCGGAGAUACCUGUAGUACUGGUUCAAGAAGAUUCAGAGUGUAGAAAAAAGAUACUUUUAGAACAAAAACUACAGUACAAAGAAAGUGAUCAUAUUAUUAAAGAAUGUUUGGUCGAGCGCGGUAUUAAUCGCAAAGUACACCAACAAUAUACAGAAAAAGAAACUUUAAAAAUUUCAUUUGGACAAAUGACAAUACACAGAAUGAAACUAGAAUGUUCUUGUCCAGAGGAUAUGUUACCUAAUCAAAGUUGUGAAAAUAUUUCCUCCCAUCAGAGUUGGUCCGAAUAUUUAGGUCCGCGCGGAAAUGGAUAUUUCAAUUCGCUUCAUAAGAAAAAUACUUAAAUAAAUUCUAUUUAUAUCGAUAUUUUGAACGUAUGAUACCUGUGCCUAAAUACAUGAUUCGUUUUUUCUUUAGAUUAUUUUGUUUACUUCUUAUGUUAAUUUUACAAGUUGUACAUUUCUAUAUUUUGAAAAAAUGUCUAUAAUAUUUAAUAUACUUAUAAUGAAAGGAAGUAAUUUAAUAAUUACUGAUAUAUGUAAAAUAUAAAAUACAUGUUACAACCAAUACAAUUUCAUU